AUGUUAAACAGCCUUUUUUUUGUGAAUGGCGGCGGGUAAGAAUUUUUUAUUCAUUCUUAAUUGAAACUGUAUAUAAAUCUAUAAAUAUAAAUAUAUAUGUAUAUAUGUGUACAUAUAUGUAUAUAUCUUAUAUAUACAAGCCUGCUCCCAGCCCUAACGCCGGGUUUUUUGUGUUUAAUAUAUAAGACAGAUAUUCAGAGACGUUUUGAUAGAAAAACACUGGAAAUCUGUUAUUCAUCGAUCAAUAUGCGAUUAUUUUUUUGAUGUUCAGAAAAAAGUGUGUUUGAAAAACGUCGUAGCAUACAUUAUAUGAGUAUAAUCUUUCAGAGUAUACAACCUGAUAAUGUGCCGCCUAUAAUUUCAACCCCUCAUCAUUACUUGGUUAACGUGUAUCAGAACAACAUGUAUUUAGUUGCUGUAAUUACGAUAGAAAGUGAGUAUUUCCUCAACAACACUAGUGUAAACUUGAUUUUCAGCUCCACCCUUGAUGGUCAUCGAAUUCUUACACCGUGUUGUUCAAACUUUCACACAGUAUUUUGACGAAUUUUCAGAUAGUUCUAUAAAAGAGAACUGUGUGAUAAUUUUUGAGGUUUUUUUUACAAUUCAGUCUUUGCAAAACAUUAAACUGUUUUUAGUUACUUGAUGAAAUGCUUGAUAACGGGUUUCCUUUAGUCACAGAGAUGAAUAUUCUACAAGAUUUGAUCAAGCCGCCCAAUUUUUUAAGAAAUAUUGCGAACCAGGUUAGGUAUAACAUUUAUCCAAGAAAUCAACAUCAAAAAUCAAGGUAACCGGACGUACAAACUUAUCGGAGACUCUGCCAACUGGACAACUGUCAAAUAUUCCUUGGAGACGUCAAGGAGUCAAAUACACUAACAACGAAGCAUAUUUUGAUGUCAUUGAAGAAAUCGACGUCAUUGUUGACAAACAAGGGUCGACGGUAUUUGCAGAAAUUCAAGGAUACGUAUGUUCUUAAUUGCUUCUGUUGGUUAAGAACGUGAUUAAGAUUUCAAAAAAAAAUCUGAAUUUGACGCGUUAAUCGUCGUGAGAAUAAGCUAACUUUGACACAUUUAAUCGUUUUGGAUGUUUUUUUGAUCAUCGUCUGAUGUUCUAAAAAAAUUGACGCUUCUCCUCCACGGCUAGCUCACUUCGCUAUUUUCCUAACCAAAAAAAAAAAAACUGCUACAAGUGCUACAAGUGCGCUCCAAGACUUUUUGCUUCUCAGUAAACCUCUGCAACUUCUGAACAGACUUUCGAAUGAUAGCAUUUUACGAACAACAGUUUACCAACUUCUGAGUAUACUCUUGCAAUGCGAAUUUUUUAAACAUUACUUCAGCAGCUUUUGAACAACACCUCAGUAACUUCUGAUAGUGAGCAAACAUUUUGGCAAUAGAAGCUUCUGCGCAGAACUUCAUCAAUUUUUGCGCAGAACACCAGCAGUUAUGCAGCAGAAGUUAGGUGAAAGUUGCUGAAGUUCUGCUGAAAAGUUGCCGAGGUUUACCAAGGUUGUGUUUAAAAAUGUUUUAAUGUUCGUAGUUUUUCAAGUUUUCGUGAAACCAAAUUGUAAACUCGGACUAGGUUAGAGCCCGCUAGUGGGACCGGGUGGGCUGGUUUGGAGACUUUAAAGUUUCGGUCCAGCCCGUCAAAACAAUAGAACUAUUACCGCUAAUUUCUCGAGUUGGCCCGCCAUGCAGUGUCAAAAACAAAUAAACCAGCCCACUCAAAAGCAGCCCUCGGCAGCUUUCCACUGAAAAGAGGGUUCACUGGAUUACUAUCUUAGACACGAUUUUUGACUUCUACCGGUUAGUAAUGUAAUUUUAAUGAAUUAUUAGGUUGUUCGGAAAGUUUCAGUCAUUUUUGGGUUCAGAAAAAUUUAUUGUGAAACAAGUCAAAGAGUUAUCCGAUUAAUUAAUUUACUGCCCAUGUUUUUCGAUGACUGUCUGUCAACUUGUGGAUAUCUUUCUUCCAGAACUCCUACGGCUGGGAGUCGAAAAAUGAAGCCAACUCGAUUUUGAUCUCUUGUCUUCAGUAGAACUUUUUUCCACUGAGAUGGCGUUGGAGGUGACUGAAGAGAUGGUAUUCAGAGGGGGACAGGUCUGUACGGUGGGUGAGACAAGAUUGUCCAGCCGUAUCCAGCGAGUUCAGCUUUGGUCUUUCUGUCGACAUGGGGAUGAGCGUUAUCAUGCUGAAAGUAAACUUUCGCAUUUUUCCCCCAAUGGAGAUCCACAUGGAGUCUGAGUUUUCGCAGCUGACCAGUGUAGACAUCGUCCGAAACAGUGACGCCGCCAUAAAACAGCUUCCAAUAUUCAACUCCACGGACAGACCAUCAUAUUGAUAACAACCCCUGUUUUUCGUGUAUUUCAUGUUUUGGCCCGUCAGCUGGCUGAGCGUCUUUGUCAACCCACUCGGCACGCCGCUCACUGUUACCAUACAUAACCCAUUUCUCGUCUCCCGUACUGAUUUGAUCCGACCAUCUAUGUGUGCGAUGCGGAGUGAAAAGAUUCAAGCAGGUAUCCACAAGUGUAUCCAAGUUGUGUUGAAUCAAAACAUGCGCAACAUAUCUUCCGAGUUGUUUGACUUUGCCAAUUGCUUCGAGUCCAUGACUGAUUGAUGAUAGGCUUGCCCCAAGUGUCCUUGAUAGUUCACGGACGGAUUGAAAAAUAUUCAUCUUGAACUCGCUUUUCAAUGCUUCCAAGUCUGAAGUUAUCGGUCUUCCUGAACGUGGAUGAUCAUCCAUCGAAAAUUCUCCUUUUUCGAAUCGAUGAAACUAAGUGGUAAUGGUAGUUCGAGUGGGUGCAUCUCUGUUGUAAACCUCCGUGAAACGGCGAUCAAUGUCGGCAAUUUUCAGGUCAGAUAGGAAUAGAAAUAAGAUUACAUUUCGUAAAUGUAAGUUGUUAGGGACGAAAACGUUCGGCAUAUCUCACUACUCGGGAACAGGAGAAUGAUAUCCGUUGCUGUGUUGACACUUCAAUACCCUACCAACAUACUGAUAAAACGACAACUAACGUGCUUGCUUCCCGAUAGAAAAAACAAUCUUCAAGAACAUACUAUGAAAAAUGACUGGAACUUUCCGAACAACCUAAUAUUCAGAUGAGAUGCAAAUUUUGACUAAGUUCUCCAUCUAUCUAUGUGAAAACAUCGACAUAGAAAACACUCCGUUUCAUGGAAGUUUUCAUCGUUUCCAAAAGUUAUCCAUACAUCCUCAUGUCUCAAUUAGGUGGAGAAAAGAUACUGAAAACACUAAAAUUCAACUUACUUGUGUCACAGAUCUUUUUUGUGGCGCUUUUUUUAGAGAUAGAUAAGCGAAUUUCAAAGAUAAUAUGAGAGUUUUUUGAUUUCACGUCUUAUUUUUGAAAAAAAUUGUCAGGAAUUAGAAAAAAUAGUCGAUGAGUGAGGUGAUGCCGUGGAUGUAGAGUUUUCUAGUCCCGUAGAAAAAACGCCGUGUUGUGGUUAGAUUACUUUAACUUUCAGAUUCCUGUAGAAAUAUUUUCAGAUUGAUGUCUGUUGCAAGCUUUCCGGUAUGCCGGAUCUCACAAUGACACUAAUCAAUCCUCGUUUACUUGAUGAUGUUUCAUUUCACCCAUGCGUACGGUACAAACGCUGGGAAGUGAGUUCAUAAAUUAUGUGGUGGCCCAAAUAUAUAUAUAUGAUAACGCUCCGGCGGUCUCAAAAGAAUAAAAAGAAAGCCGUAAAUUAGAAAAACUUUCUAAAACUCAACCGGGCUACACAAAACCCCAGUCUUCCAAUCCGCGAGCCAGUUGAUGAUUAGCGAGCGUUUCGUACUCUGUCUUUAGAAAACUAGGGUUAUUUUCAACAUUGUGAGCCUAAAAUUGUUAUGAAAUCUCCGAAUUUCCGAAUUUCUGCGCCAAAUUAGCGACAUACAUUGGAAUUUGAAAGAAAAAACAGUUUUAUCUAUUCUAGACCUUUUAAUUUUCAGUUCUAGUUCGUUUCAACAGGAUUUUCCUUUCAGUGAGGAAAAAUUUAAAUCAAUUUCGGAUAUUUUUUGACGAUUAAGCGGUUAAAUCAGCUUUCAAUUCAGACAAUUGCCUCACCGCGACAUUUCCACGAUGGAAAUUUAAAACAUUUGAUUUCAAGUUAAAAUUAGGUUUUUCAAUUUUUGGCUUGAUAAACAUGGAAAUGUUUGCUUAAAUGUCAAGAAAUAUGCAAAAUUGAGAUAGUUGAGCCAUUUUGAAGAUCGUCGACUAAAUGCUGCCUCACUGAAGGGAAAAUUCUGUCGAAGUGGACUAAAACCGAUAAUUUAUGAGGUCUAGAAUAAAAAAUUUAUUUUUCUCUUCAAAUUCCACUCUUUUUCUCUAUUUUAGCGCAGAAAUCCAAAAAUUAGUCAAUUUCGUAACGCUGUGUUAGACUCACCAUAUUAAUGUUCGCACGCAAAACGCGUCAACUGGCUCGCGGAUUGGAAGGCUGAGGAUCCGUGGGCUAAUACUUAUUUGCUGAUCUGGUUGUACCGGAUCGUGUUAAAUAAUUGAAGCCGCAGCGACAUUAAUUAUCUCGAACUUCUUUCCAGAAUGAAAAAGUCUUGUCUUUUGUGCCUCCAGACGGAAGCUUUCGCUUAUUAUCUUACCACAUAGCAGCUCAAAAGUAAGAUUUUUAUUCAAUAAUGAAUAGUGCACAUUUAAGUCACACAGUAUGGUGGCUAUCCCAAUUUACGUUCGUCAUAGUAUUUUGCUGAAACCAACAUGUGGAAAACUCGAACUUACUGUCGGUCCCAAACUGAGUAUGGGAAAAAUGGUAAGAUUACAUAAUAAACACAAAAUAAGAAUACUAACUUUUCAGCUUGAAGAUGUUGUCCUUGAAAUUAUGAUGCCAAAAUGUGUACAAAAUUGUAAUCUAACUGUGAGCCAUGGUAAAAUGAGUUUUGAUCCAACAUCAAAACUACUUCAAUGGAAUAUUGGAAAAGUGGAAGUUGGAAAACCAUCCACUCUGAAAGGAUCUAUUUCUAUCACUGGAACUACAAUUUUUGAGAGCCCUAGUAUUUCUCUGAAGUUCAAAAUAAAUCAACUCGUUUUAUCUGGCUUGAAGGUGAGAUAAGACGCGACCCAUGCUUAAUCUCAACAAAAUAUUUUAAGGUCAAUCGAUUAGACAUGUAUGGAGAGAAUUAUAAACCUUUCAAAGGAGUGAAGUACAUCACUAAAUCUGGAAAAUUUACUAUCAGAACAUGA